CUCCCUCUCCAAACAUGUAUUACUUCAAUCCCAUCUUCAUAAUCCUCUCUUAAUCAAGCAAAAAAACAAGCCAACCAAAAACACCAUGGCAGACUCCUCAUUCAACAACACCAACCUCCUCGCCUGUCCCUUCUCCAUCCCCGACCCCAAAGCCUCUGCCACCAAAGUCGUCUCCCGCUGGUCAGACACUCACGUCGAGAGCCCCCCAGCCAUCAUCAUCACCCCAAACUCCGAAGAAGAUGUCGUCUCGGCCCUUAAAUUCGCCAAGCUCAACAAGCUCACCGUCAUCCCCGCCGGAGGACGCCAUAAUCCAGCCAUCCCAAUCAACUCAAAAUCUCUCUACCUAGACUUGAUCAACCUCAAAUCCAUACAGCUAGACAAACAAUACUCCCAAGUCCAAAUCGGAGGAGGUGCCCUCACAGGAGACGUCAUACGAUAUCUUGCUCAAGAAGGAUACUUCACCACCAUGGCCAAUUCAAACGCCGUCGGAGUCGUCGGCUGUCUCCUCGGCGGCGGCAACAGCUCCCAAAACGGCCUCAUAGGCUGGAUGGCCGACAACAUCAUGAGCUUCCGCGUAGUCACCGCUGCAGGAGACAUCGUCCAAGUCAGCUCCUCCUCCAAGGGCGAAGAGCUCGCGCUUUUCAACGCUCUCUGCGGCGCCGGCCACGGCCUCUGCGUUGUCGUUUCCGCUACCAUUCGCAUAUAUCCCCUAAGCAGCCUGAAUCUCUCUCCAGCCAGCAAAGACGAUCCCUCUCCCAGCAUCUGGAGCCGCACCCUGAUCUUCCCCCCCACAGCCAUCGAUUCCGCCAUUGACGCAUUCCUCGCCGCUUCUCCUCCUCCAGAGCCCAUGAACGUCAUCUUUGGCUUUUCACGUGGUCCUCCAGGUACUCCAUUUGCCGGAAAGCCCAUCGUACUACUCACCAGCACAUACUACGGCCCUGCAAGUGAAGCCGAAGCCUCUUCCGUGGGGGCAAGGCUAUUGCACCCGUCCCUGGUCGAAAAAGCCGUCAAGGCAGACACAGUCCAGAUCCCCUUUGCCAACGCUAACAACGCUUACGAGCCGCUGAAUGACCACGGCGGCUUUAAAUCCAUGUCUUCCAACCGGAUCGCUCGCCUCUCUCCCCGGGCCCUCAAGGACGCCUACGGCAAAUAUCUCGCCGUGACGGACAAAUACCCAGAUGCUGUCCGUUCUGCCCUCAUGUUCCAUAGCUUCAACCCUUCCAAGCUCGCGGAGCUUGGCGCCACCCCUGAAGGCGAGGGGAGAUUUGUCGAGGCCAGAGACAGGGGGUUUUGUACCAUUGGAGUAAUGUGGUCCUCGGAGCCCGCCACAAGAGAUGCUUUGGCUGUAUUAUAUGAUGAGGCCGUGACAAUUCUACAGAAAGAUGACGAGGAAGCUGGUCUUCCACGAAGGGUGUUCCCUGGUAUAAUGAAGUUUCUCCCUGGGCGACGGGACCUGUUCUCUGGAGAGAAGUUGGCAGAGCUGGAUCGACUACAGGAGAAAUGGAAUGGCGACGGGCUCUUUUGGAGUCCAUACAAAGCAUGAGGUGAGAGGGGAAUGAUAAGUCAGAUGUUUUCACUU